AAAACCAAAGAUUACCGAUCAUCUUUCUCCAGUAGCUGCCUCCAAAUUUUCUCCUUCACUGCCAAGGGCUGAUAUUCUUCAUAACCCGAACUCUAUGUCUAGGGGUCCCAAACCACCUAUUGCUCCCAAGCCAAAAUUCUCAGCUGACACUGAGGGCAAAUCCAGUGUUUGUACCAACAAUAACUUAAAUAUAUGCUCAAAUGGGAAACUGGUAUGCCUCGAUGGAGAGCUGUAUGAAGGAAACCAAUGCAAUGCUGAUUGCCCAGAAUCUGAGGCAGAUAAUGAAUACAUUGUAGUUCCUGAAGCUCAGCUGACUAGCAAAGACUGUAAUGACUUGGAACAUGAGCAUGAUCAGAACCUAGACUCCUUUGUGGAAAAUGAAGUCUCGGAAACUCCAGAAGAGGUAGAGAAGGAAGAGGAUAACAUUGCUAAUGAUGAGGAAACCAGUACUCGAGAAGUCACCGAAGGUGAGCAUCAUAACUCUUCGCAUAUUGCUGAACCAAUGGAACACGACUCUGAAGAGUCAACCAGAGACUGUGACCAGUCCAAAGCACUUUGUGAGGAGUCCUCUGAUGCCCCUGAUGCGGAUAAUUAUGCUUCCAAGAAUGUAGAUGAAGAUGAGGAUGUUGUAGGUGAUUGUAGUGAAACCAAAAAGGAGGAAACUUCUAACAACCUGGAACUGGUUAAGGACAAUAGAGAUUGUAAGACUGACAGUGAUAACCUUUUGAAUAGAGAUGAGGAACUAAUGGGUGGUAUCUGUAAAGAUACCAUUGUAAUGCUACUACAUGAAGAUGAAUCAAUCCCAGAUUGUGAAAAGGCAGGGCAGGAGGAGGAGGAACUUCCUGAGAUUUUAGAAAAGGGAGAUGGCUGUCUAGCACAUGAUGGUGACCACAGUGUGCAUGCAGAGCUUGAUUUGAACAUGGAAGGGGACUUAGAAAAUUCUGACUGUGCAAGCCCUGACAUGCUGCCCGAUGAGGCCAGUGAAGAAACAGCUCCUGGCUUAGAACUGUGCGAAGAUGAACCCAGUGCUGAAAGUGGUUUAGGAGAGUCCAUCCAUCAAGCAGCAGCUGAAGAGGAGGAAGCAGACCCAGAUGAGCACAAUAAUACAAACACAGGAAAUGUCAGUGAUGGCUGCCAGAUCACUGAGAGGAGAGGUGAGGAGAAGACAUCAGAGGUAGCCUGUGAAGCAAGCAAAGACUCUGGGAAAGGGGAAGAAGAAACUGUGAAUGCAGAGAGUAUGGAUGAUGACUGUCAAAUUUCUCCUUGUGAGAAUGAAUGUGGUGAGGAAAUACCCAUGCAACAUUCAGAUGAGAAUCUUCAAACAGAAGGGACCUCUCUGGAUGAAGAUGGCGUGAUCUCUGAUAGUCCACCUAGCAGUCCAGGGAUGGAGCCAGACCUGGAAGAUGUGACUGUUGAAGAGCAUAGUGAAAGUAUUGUGGAAACCUCUAAGUCAGAUGAGCUGCAACUUGAAGACAAUGAGGUGGAAGCAAACAGCCUCAGCAAAAGUGUCCCAAGUCCACCUCAACAGGUCCCACUUGAGGAAGACUUAGAAUUCUGCGAGCAUGGCAAAAUGAAUGCAGAAUGUGGGCUCAAACAUGUCCUGCGUGAAAAUCUGGCAGUCCCUGAAGUGGUCAUUGUGCCUGAAGAAUCAGAGGAAAGAGAAACUAGCAGUGAUUCCCUAGAUGACCCUUAUGUGCUUCCCGCAGAAAAUGAAAUUGCUCGUGAUGGGCAGAGUGAUUUAGGAGCUGAUCACAGCGAAAGGGAUGAAUUAGGCGUGGAUGGUGAAAACAACUUGCUGCCCAUUGAUCGUAAAAGCAUUGUCACUAGAACACGGUCACUCUCUGGGAAACUGCCAGGCUAUGUCCCAGAAACGGUUCCAGAAGAAACUGGACCUGAAACUGAGGUACCAUCUUCACGCAAUGGCUCUGGGACAGAAGAUUUAAGCAACAAUUUAUUUUCAGCGGAAGGAAAGCCAAUAGAAGCCAAGAGGGCAUUACCAACCAAGUCAAGACGUUUCAUUUUAUAUCCUCGAUCUUACUCUGUUGAAGGGAGAGAGAUACCUGUCUCUGUUUACAGAGAAAGUGAUAGCUGUGUACUGAAUGAUGGUAGAAUAAAAAGGACAGAAGACAACUUGUCUUUGCCUUGUGUCAAUGGUUCCUCAGGCAGUUUUUCCCAGAGAAAUCAUCUUUCAUCAUGUGGCCUAUCUACUCCAUCCUCAGUUGUUGAUAUACCACCUCCUUUUGAACUUGCCUACAUCACCAAAAAACCAAUCACUAAAAGUUCCCCUUCACUUUUGAUAGAGAAUGACUCACCUGAUAAGUAUUCCAAGAAAAAGAAAUCUUCCUUUAAGAGGUUCCUCACUCUAAAAUUCAAGAAGAAAACUGAAAGUAAAGUCCAUGUAGAUGUUAAUGUUUCUUCUUCAAGGUCCUCAUCAGAGUCUAGCUAUCAUGGGCCUCCGAGGCUGAUGGAGCUGGACAGGAGGAGCCUAAGUAGCUCACCUCAACUAAAAUCACAUGUGGGGAAGCUCCGUGCAUCUGAGUCUCCCUCAGCUGUCCUUUUCUAUAAGGAUGGUAAAAGAAAAGGAACAUCCAAGUCCUUCAGCAGAAGUGUGUCAAGGGUGGAAUCCUUCGAGGACCGGUCCAGGCCUCCUUUCAUGCCACUCCCAUUAACAAAACCUAGGUCCAUUUCUUUUCCCAAAAUUCCUCCUCGAAGAUCCACGAGAGCAGGAACUUUUACUGAGUUUUUUGAAGACCCCAGCAGGACAUUAUCUGCUGCUAAUGAGAAUGACGGCUACGUGGACAUGAGCAGCUUCACUGGCUUUGAGAACAAGCAGCAAACCACAGACCAGGAAACAGAAAGUGCCUACACGGAGCCCUACAAGGUGUGCCCAGUCUCCGUGAUACCGAUGGAGGUUGUCACAUCAGAUGAGGAACAGAAGAGUUCAGAAGACGACGACGAGAGAAGCCUGGGUGAUCCCAGCCUCAUCAACAAGAAAAAAGGCCAGUCCAGAGCUUACCUCAUUGCCCAGGAGCUGAUGUCUUCAGAAAAAGUAUAUGUGGAGAUGCUCCAGCUGUUACGUAUGGAUUUCUAUGAAGGUAUCUUGAAAGUGCUUGGAGAAGAAGAUGAAAAUGAACAGGAGGAAGUUAAGCUCAAGCAGGGCUUAAGUGAACUCCCUGAAAUUUAUGAAUUACACCAAGACAUACUGGGAGAACUGGAAGAAAGAGUCCUUAAAUGGGAGGAACACCAGAAAGUUGCUGAUGUUUUUCUCUCCAGAAAAUCAAGGCUGAAUCACCACACAACAUACAUUAUGCAGUUUGAUAGCAAUUUGGCUUUGCUAGAUGAAACCUGCCUUAAACAUUCCCAACUGGCUACCAUAAUUCAGGAGUUUGAGCAGAGCUCUGGUGGCAGCCCUCAGAGCGUGAAACACCUGCUUUUGAAAGUGGUGCAACGUGUCUUCCAGUAUCGUGUGCUGCUCACAGAUUACUUGAAUAAUCUUUGCCCUGAUUCUACAGAGUAUGAAGCCACACAAGCUGCCUUAUUCAUUGUUUCUGAAAUCACGGACCGAGCCAAUGACAGCAUGCUCCAAGCGGAAAACUUGCAGAAGCUGGUACACAUUGAGCACAGUGUGAGAGGGCAGAGUGGCCUCCUCCAGCCAGGAAGGAUCUUUGUUAAAGAGGGAACACUGAUGAAAGUCUCUGGCAAAAACAGGCACCCUCGACAUUUGUUCUUGAUGAAUGAUGUUCUGCUGUACACAUAUCCCCAGAAGGAUGGCAAAUACCGACUGAAAAACACCUUGGCUGUGUCGGGCAUGAAGGUCAGCCGCCCAGUGACAGAAAAAGCCCAAAACAUCCUGAAGAUUGAAUAUGAUGAAAAUUGCCUGACCCUGUCAGCAAGCUCUUGCUCGGAAAGGGAUGACUGGUACAGCUGCAUUAGCAGGCACAUCCCAGAUGACUACAAAGCUCCCAACACUUCCACUUCCCACAGCAGUGUGGAGCUAAGGGAAAGGCUUGGAAUACCCUUGGGUGAGAGGCCUCCUACUUUGGUACCUGUGUCCCACGUCAUGAUGUGCAUGAACUGUGGCUGUGACUUUACGCUCACUUUGAGGAGACAUCAUUGCCAUGCCUGUGGGAAGAUUGUAUGUCGAAACUGUUCAAGAAACAAGUACCCUAUGAAGUACCUCAAAGAUCAAGCAGCCAAAGUCUGUGAUAGCUGCUAUGUGGAACUUAAGAAAAGAGAGCGGCCACUAAGUGUGAGCUUCCCUCCAACUUCAUCCAGAUGUUCAAGCAGUGCCUUCUCCUCUGUCUUCCACAAUAUUCACUAUUCAUCUUUUAAGAAACAGAAGAAGAUCCCUUCAGCUCUUAUGGAGGUGGCAGCCUCAGGAGAGGGAGCUACCAUCAGUGGUUACCUCAACAGAUGUAAGAGAGGCAAAAGACACUGGAAGAAACGCUGGUUUGUUAUCAAAGGCAAAGUCCUCUACACCUACAUAGCAAAUGAGGACAAAGUUGCUACAGAAAGUUUGCCUUUGUUGGGUUUCACUGUUGCCCCAGAAAAGGAGGAAGGAAAUACGGACACGGUUUUCCAUCUCUACCACAAGCAGACUCUAUUUUAUAGCUUCCGAGCAGAGGAUAACAAUUCAGCACAGAGGUGGAUUGAAGCCAUGGAAGAAGCAUCCAUAUUAUAGCAGCUAUCACUCAAUGGACUUGGAAUAAAUUCUCAGAUUUCUGUACAUUCCCAGAAACCCUCUUCUGUCUCACAAAACUGAACAGUGUAUUUCAGGCAAACUGGCUACAUACACUGGAUAUGAACUGUUGCCAAACUGCUCUUUUUGCUUCCUUCUUCUUACAUCUCCAUUUUUGCAAAUGGAAACUUUAAAAUAGAGAAUAUUUAUGGCGAUCUUUAAGUCUGUGCAAGUUCAACCCAUACUAUAAGCUUCUCCUCUGAUCCCACAGUAAACUAAGUCUAAUAUCAAGACAAUAAAAUAGAUGGAAAUACUGACUACAGUAACAGGCUCAGUUUUGCUUACUCUAGAGCACUAUCAUAUUUCAUUGGGUUGGUUUU